AUGUCACGUAACGCUGCAGACCCGUCCUCUUCUGCUCCCACUCAUCCCCCCGACACACACCACCGGACCCCACCCCAGCGCCCGCCCACCGGCUCGCCGCCUCCCCGACGCACACUCCCUUCAGACCUCCCGCCCCCCUCCGAGCACACCGCAUCCCAACGCCCCUCUUCCUCCUCCAUCCGCAUCGACGCCGCCGCCGCCGCCACUGCCUCCUCAGACCCGGAGACAACGCGUCGCAAGAGGAAGCAAAGUGAGCGCUCGAGCCCUUCCGUCUCAUCCUCCCAAGGCGAUAUGGCGGACACGGAGAUGGAGGGCGGCGAACCGAGCAAGGCGAAGGCGUCUGACGGAGGUGCCACGGACGGCCCCCCUCCCAAGAAGAAACGGACGCGGACUCUGACUACCCCGCACCAGGCCGCCGUGCUUCACGCGCUGCUCGCUCAGUCUCGCUUCCCCACCACGCAGAUGCGCGAGGAGGUCGGACGCGCCAUUGGCUUGAGCGCGCGCAAAGUGCAGAACCAGCGACAGAAGGCCCGCCGGCCCCGAGGGCAAGCCACCACAACCACCGCUCCCCUCACCCGCCCUCCCCAGUUCGGGCCCUUCACGAACGCCCCGCCCGGCACCGCGAGCGACCACAGUCCCACCACGAUGUUCCGCCCGGGCUCCAGCUACGACUUUUUCCCCCGCAGCCACGCCGGCCUCAGCGACAUGCCCUACGGCGCCACGAGCGCCCCUUCUAGCGCGGGCUCAGACCGCUUCGCGUACGGCCAUCGCGAUCCCUAUCUCGCCGAGGAAUACGCGAGAUCUGGACUGCCGCCGACGCAGCUCGCAGGCCCCGGGAUCCCCGGGACCGCGCGGCGCAUCACCUUCGACGACCCCGCAUGGAACUCGAGGCGAUCGCAGGCGUACAUGUCGCGCCCCUCCACCGCGCCGACGGACUCGCCCGAGCAGCGGUUCCACCCUCGCUCAGGACGCCCCGUAGCGGAGCAAGGCCCCGAGCUUACGCUCACGCUCCCGCCCGUCCUCACCAACCUCCCGCCCUCGCGCGGGCCGGGCUCGAGUCCCGUCGGCCCCCCCAGCGCCGGCGCGAGCGGCGUCCCCCGCCUCGCGUCGAUCAGCUCGCUCGAGGCCAGCGCGGCCGCACACGCCAGCAGCCGCCCCCGCAGCUUCGACGACGGCCGCCGGACGCUCCCCCGCGUCGACUUCUCCGCCCCCCGCCCGGUGCUCAACAUCCCGCCCCCGUUCACGCUGCAGCCGCCGCCGCAGUGGGACGACCCCGCGUUCUCGCCCUACACCCCGCGCCGCUCGCCGCCCGCGCCCGCGCACCCGCCCGCGCACAUGCCCACGCCGCCGUUCGAGGGCUCGGGCUCGUCCCCGAUCGCGAGCCGCGGGCCGUUUCGCGGCGGCGGCGACGCGCUCCCCCGGCUCUCCACGGUGCUCCCCGUGCGCUCUGCGGGCCUCUCCCCCUCCCGCACGAGCCCCCCACCCUCUCCUGUCUUCCGCACGCGCUUCGACCCCGUACGAUCCACGACAGGACGUGCACCCCAAGAGCACCCUGCACGACCCCGCCACUACGACUCCGACGAACACUCGCCCCGUUUCGGUUAA